CUUGUCGACCUGGAGUUGACCUCUUCUUUACUGUCUGCACCACCGUCGACCGGUGCCGCGAGCGCCCUCCUUGCUGUAUAUAUGCAUCACAAUGCAACACCUCUAUGCGUAUACUCGAUAUGCUUUCGUCGGUCUUUUCCUCGUUUUCAAUGCUAUCAAUGCUAGCGUCGCUGUCUGGAACCUCAGUCUUAUCCAAUUAAUAGGAUUGAAAUAUCCUCUUGAUAUCUAUUUAACCGUCGUUGGUGCUUGUGGGCUUGCCAUGUCCUUCUUAAUUGUCUUCGUCGAAGCUGCGUACGACAGUCCUAUAACGGGACGUGUGUGGUUUGAGUGUACAUGGGUCGGGCUAUUCCUUGUCAUGAAUUUUUGUGGUGCCGUCGCAUUGUCGGCAUUAAAGCCUGCGCUCUGCACAUUUGACGCGCGCCGCCGAAUCGGUGAUAUUGGUUGUGUAUCCAAUCGAGUUAUCCUGGCUUUCUCAUGGAUCACUAUUGUUCUUCUGUCUGGAUACCUGAUGAUGUUAACUAUAACCUGCCUCAUUCGACAGAAGACGGAUACACGAAUAUGGCUCUAUCACAUUCGUGAUCUCGAUACCCCCAGCAGCCGUCUGCCAAGCCCGCCUACGUCUCCGACCAUACCUUAUUUCCGUAAAGAUAACGCUACUAUCGUUGCGCCCCUACCUCGGCGACCAGGACCUUCCGUAAACAUGAUGAGAGGCCUUGACUCUUCGUACGAUGUGGAAGCCUACGAACCGCCACCAGUGCCGAGGGUUCCCAGGCACAACAAUUUCGCCCUCCAGCACAAGUACUCAUCAGGCAAUCAAGCUACCGCCCCCUCCCUAUAUCCGCAAUACGUUCAGCCAUCUAUGGUGAUAACACCUUCUCGUAUGCCGAUGCAGGAAUCACCACGUUCACAGCCAAACAAUCCUCCUUCUCCUCCACCACUUGGUGAUUGGCCUAGAGCUGAUAUCCUUUCAAGACCUAUACCGGUCGACUCAAACACCACAUCGAGUAAGACCGACGGGGCCUAGGAUCCCAUCCACUCGUACCCGCCCGCCACAGCUGGAUCUGCACGUCACGUCGCCUACCAAAGGCAAAGAACGGCGGAGACCGGACUCGGAUUCAUUAUGAUUUCACUAUGUACUCGUUCACUGGUUCUGGAUGGGCUAUGUUGUUGUAGGUUAUUAAUAAGGAUGUUAUUUGAUGU